UCCAUUGGUAUCUGAAUGAUCAGAAUAUUUCAGUCAUUCACAUUUGAUUCUCCUCCUGUGGCAUCAGAUCGCGGCAUGUAUACUGCUAAUAUAUCUAACCUUGCUGGCUCAGCUAAUCUCUCUUACACUAUAACAGUUAGAUUUGAUCCUAUUAUAACGUUGGAAAUUACUCAAACUGGAAUCACAGACUAUAAAAUUUGUUGUAGAGCUAUAGCCUAUCCUCAAAUAGAAACUAUAGAGCUAUUUGAAAUAAGAUCUGAUGGUACUCUUCGUAAUCUACAUGUAAACGCUGGCGCUACUUCUACUACAAGUAAUCAACUUUCUUCUAAUUUUGACUAUGAAGGAACUGCUACAUUUGCUGGCACUGACAAUUGCCCCAAGAACUACAGAUGUAAAGUGUCCACUUCUUAUUCGAAUGGAAUGAAUAAUACUGGGACGUGCUUGACUACUCCUAAUGUCACUAAUCUUCAAGUCAAUGAGACCCAAUCCACAAGCACAAGUGCUUAUCUUUUCUGGUCCCUGGAGCCAAAUGGAAUACUAGUGACUGGUUAUGAGUUUGAAUACAGGCUAUUGGGUCAAAAUGAAUGGGAACAGUACAGCAGCUCCAACUGUCAGUCAUUUCUAGAGAGAUAUUGUGUUAUAGAUGGUUUGAGUCCUGGUAAUUUGUAUGAAUUCCGUGUUACAGCUACCAAUUCGGUUGGAACUGGUGCCACUAGUGAUAUACAAUCAUUUCAUACUUUCUCUCCACCUCAAGGCAGACCAAGAGGAGUUUUAGCUUCAAGGAAAACAUCUUCUGGAAUGGAUGCAAUAGAUCUAUCAUGGGAGCCCUCACAAAAAAUCAUGCCUGGAUCAUGCAUGAUUUUUGGCAAGAAUCUUGUCAAGAUCUAUCUAAGAUAAUGUAAAAUCUUACAU